AGUGCUAUCUUUCUUGCAAUUUUCAUGCCCGAGAAACGAGCUGGAUAGAAGAAAAAGAAGCAGUGUAUGCUUGGGAACCGUAUGCGUGUAUCAUUUGCUAUUUUGAUGGGUAAUAGCAAGGAAAAGAAUUGGCACUUCGGCAAAUUCCAAGGUCGAAUGCUAACUCUAGUCUGCAUGUUGGUAGCUGUCAACCUCAGUCAACGAUGGUACGCCAUACGAAUUCCGUGGAGGAAAUAUAUUGGGGUUUGGUUGAGUAAGGGAAAAUUGGCAAGAGAAGAACCUCAAUACCACGGUCCAUAUCUAUCUCCGUCCACAUACAGGACAAAUAAAGUGGUUAGCUCAGCUUAUUAAUAGUUAAUUAAUUAUUAAGCUAAAUUAAGCUCUGUUUCCAGACGGUUCUUCCGUCAAAUCGUGCUCAUUGUUGGGCAGGCAAGGGAAAGGGCUUUAAACAAGUGCUUUGAUUUGUGAAAUUGAAACCAUCAUCAUCAAUCAAUGGCCGUUUCUUUCUCUAACCACUCUCUCUUAACUCCUCCACCUCCGCGCCUCUUCGCUUCAUUCCCUGCAAAACCCUCCAAAACCCUAGAAACUAAAACUCUAUUGCCUCUCCAAUCUCUCCAUCAUAGACGUCGUCUUUCCAAUCCUAUCAUUGGAUUACCUCUCUCCAAUUCCUCUCCACUCACAAACUACUACUUCCAAUCGCGUUCCUUCAAAGCUUACCUUGCCGCCGAAGAUUCUGCACCUACUACAAAUGACAAAGAGGAGAAUCAUCAAAAUGAUGUAAAAGCAUCAGAAAAAGAAGCAGAUGGCCAACGUGUAUCCAGUUUGAAGAACCUUAUUAACAUUUAUAAAGCGGCUAUUCUUCUAGGAGAUGAGAGGACUGUAUUGGACGUUGAGGCUAGGAUAAUGAUUAUUGAAAAUGAGAAUACUCAAUUAAUCCAGAAAGUUUCAGCUUUAUCAGCGGAAAUAACCUCUGGCAAGGAGAAAAAUAUUCGCUUGCAAGCAGAUUUUGAUAAUUUUAGAAAAAGGUCAGAGAAGGAAAGGCUUACCAUUAGGAGUAAUGCCCAGGGAGAAGUGAUUGAGAGCCUUUUGCCCAUGGUGGACAGCUUUGAAAGAGCCAAACAACAAAUAAAACCAGAAACAGAAAAGGAAAAGAAGAUUGAUGCAAGUUACCAAGGUAUAUACAAGCAGCUUGUGGAGAUCAUGAGGAGCCUGCAGGUGGUUGCUGUAGCAACAGUUGGAAAGCCAUUUGAUCCCUCGCUGCAUGAGGCCAUUGCACGUGAAGAGUCACAAGAGUACAAGGAAGGCAUUGUAAUUCAAGAAUUCCAGCGUGGUUUUCUUCUUGGAAAUCGGCUUUUAAGACCAGCCAUGGUCAAAGUUUCUACUGGGCCUGGUAGGAAGAAAGCAUCUCUCAGCAAUGAGCAACCUGCAACAGCAGCUAGAGUGGAUGACAGAUAGUAUAGCUGCAAAUCCCAGUUUCUGAUGGGGAAUUCUAUUUUGAUCCACCAUUGUUUCUUAUCAGCUUGUGAAGCUUUUGUUUAAUUAUCUUAUUCCUUUUAUAUUUGGGUAAUUAAAAAAAAAUGUUAUCCUGUGCUGUCCGGGCUCUAGAAUCCAGUUUUCAUGUCUUACAAACAGAUAGAGACAUUUUUGUUUUAGGAAAACAAAGUCGCACUGUUGAUACAAGUAUGAGAACACACGUUAACCAAUUGAAUCAUCAUUUCCAAUUGUGACAA